AUUUCAAAUCAAGAAUAAAAGGCCAGGACUCGCUCGCUUCAUACCCCUAAUCCUACUUCACGCAUUGCCGUCCCCUUUGACAACGUGUAUCGGCAACUCAUCUAGCGCAAUGAAACCUCAUCAAAGAGUAUCGCAUUCUUCCGGCUCCAGAGCCCCAGCCCAGGAUGAGUUCAUCUCCUUCUAUCUUCCCAACGCACCAUAUGGGGAGUUCUGCCAAUGGUAUCCCAGUCCCUUCAGCGUCUUCCCGGCCGAGAUCGCCUCCUUGAUAGGCCAGCCAUGUGAACCCUCGGUUGUACAUGAUAGUAUCACGUUCAACUGCGCCGAGCAGUUCAUGAUGUACUGCAAAGCAGGGCGGUUCCGUGACUUUGCACGCCAAGUUUGGUCAAAACGAAGGACUAAAGGCGAAGCUCCUCGCGACCGGGGACCGCGUGCUGGUCGAGGCAUCAAGCAAGGAUCGAGUGUGGGGGAUCGGGUUCAAGGAGAAGCAUGCCAUGGGUCACCGUGCAGAAUGGGGCGAAAACAGGCUUGGUGAGGCGCUCAUGGUUGUUCGAGAACGUUUGAGAUGGGAGGAGGAGGCGCAGAUUCGGGAGAGGGCUGAGAGGGAGCCGUGGACAAUCUACAACAAUGCCUAAAUACAUGUCUACAACAAUGCCC